UAGGCACAGUUAGCUGGCUGUAGAGUUCCUUCAGCCAACAUGGAUCUCCUUGGGGCUGGGACCAUCUUCCUCAUCAUCUUCCUCUCAUGCCUAAUGACCCUCUCAACGUGGCGACAGAUGCGUGGGAAGAGCAAAAUGCCACCUGGGCCAACUCCACUGCCCAUCAUUGGAAACUUGCUCCAGGUCAAUUUGAAAGACAUGCACGAUUCGCUUGUGAAGAUCAGUGACAAAUAUGGCCCGGUCUACACCAUCCAUCUGGGGCCCCGACGGGCUGUGGUGCUGCGUGGAUAUAAAGCGGUGAAGGAGGCCUUGAUUGACCAGGCUGAAGAGUUCAGUGACCGUGGGGAGGAAGCCACAUUUGACUGGCUUUUCCGCGGCUACGGGGUUGCUUUCUCUCCAUGGAGAAGAGCCAAGCCGCUACGCCGAUUCUGCAUCACAACCUUGAGAAAUUUCGGUAUGGGGAAGCGGUCCAUUGAAGACCGGAUCUUGGAGGAGGCCCACUUCCAGAUGGAGGCAAUUAGGAACACCAAAGGCACACCUUUUGACCUGACCUACAUACUGAGUCGUUCUGUGUCUAAUGUAAUCAGCUCCAUCACGUUUGGCAGCCGCUUCGACUACGAGGAUAAGGAGUUUCUCGCUUUGCUGCACAUGAUGCUGGAAAUUUUCCGCUUCACUUCAACCUCAUGGGGGCAGCUCUACGAAUUCUUCUCUGGGCCCAUGCAGUAUAUGCCUGGACCUCAACAGAAUGCCUUCGUGCACCUUGUUGGGCUGGAAAAAUUCAUCUCAAAGAAGGUGAAAGAACACCAAGAAACCCUGGACCCCAACGCCCCCCGGGACUUCAUAGACAGCUUCCUGAUAAAAAUGCAUCAAGAAAAAAAAGACCCAAACACUGAGUUCUUUCCGAAGAAUUUAGUCAUGACAACGCUCAACAUAUUUUUUGGUGGCACCGAAACCGUCAGCACCACCUUACGUCACGGCUUCCUGAUGCUGCUCAAAUACCCAGAGAUAGAAGAGAAGGUCCAUCAGGAGAUUGACCGGGAGAUCGGCAGGAACCGUGGCCCCACCAUGGAUGACCACCUACAAAUGCCCUACACCGAGGCUGUGAUCCAUGAGAUCCAGAGAUACGCUAACUUAAUCCCCAUGGGCCUAACACGACGUGUGACCCACGACACCCAGUUCCAAGGCUACACAAUUCCCAAGGGGACUGAGGUGCUCCCUUUGCUCGGCUCUGUGUUGAAAGACCCCCAGCAUUUUGCAAGACCUGAUGAAUUUAACCCCCAACAUUUCUUGGAUGAGAAUGGGAAGUUCAAGAAGAACGAUGCUUUCGUGCCAUUCUGCAUAGGCAAACGAUAUUGCUUUGGGGAGCACCUGGCCCGAACGGAACUUUUCCUUUUCUUCACCAGUAUCCUUCAGAAUUUCAGCUUAAAAUCUCUGAUCCCACCAGAGGAAAUCGAUAUCUCCCCCAUGCUGGUUGGUUUUUCUUCCAUUCCUCGUUCUUACAAUAUUUGCAUGAUCCCACGCUGAAGGAGAACAGACGAUACUGACAAAACCGGCUUCAUCACAACUGAAUUUGGCCGUUCAAAGAACAAAGAAGGAAAUCUUAUAAAUAAUGUGAAACAUUCAAA